AUUUUUUGAAACUCGGUUGUAACUAUGUCUAUUGGAUUAUAUAAAUUGUAUUCUGUAAUUCAAUUUUUUCCUAAUAUUGUCUCAUUUAUAUGAUACUCUUAACAAGAGUUCACUGUCCACGUUAGCGCACGUUGGAGAAGAAAACAAAGCCUCAGGAAUUGGCAUUGGAUCUGAAUUCUGAUAAUCCUGUUGUGUUUGUGUUGUUUUGUACGAUGAUGAUGGUCACCCAAGCUGAGCUCAUGUUGAGACCCUCCACUCUGGGUCGACACUUCUUCUGCAAAUCGAACUCAUUCUCACGCUCUAGCGCUUGUCUUUCCUUACAACGCGCCGUUUCCACCACGGCAAUCUCCUCCUCUCUCACGCGCCGCCCCAUUCCUCCAGAUUCCAAUCCCCGUAACUUCUUCUUCUCCUCUCUCACCUCUUUCCAAUCCCUAAACUCUUCCUCCCACCUCCCUAAUGCUCCCAACAACCCCUUCCUCUCUCAACCACAAGGUGGUGGUGCCUUCGUCUGGAAUCCCGCUUCCCACACUCCAAGCGCCACACUUUACGGAGCCAAAGACCGCGUGGCCACGGUGGUCCUGCUGGGGUGGCUCGGAGCGAGGACCAAGCACCUCAAGAGGUACGUGGAGUGGUACAAUUCGCGUGGCUUCAACGCGGUUACCUUCGUCGUCGAUGUCGAGGAGCUAUUUCGAAUUGACCUCGGCCACGUCCUCGAGACCCGAAUCUCUCAUCUUGCCGACCACCUCGUUUCUUGGUUGUCUCUUGAGGAACAAGAUGGAAGGGAACGAAGCUUGGUUUUUCACACUUUCAGCAACACGGGUUGGUUUGUUUAUGGCUACAUUCUGGCUCGAAUUCUGGGUAGUGAUGAUCUCAUGGAGAAGAUUAAGGGUUGCAUUGUUGAUUCGGGAGGAGGAGAACCUUUCAAUCCACAGGUCUGGGCUGCUGGCUUUUCUGCUGCUAUACUCAAGAAGCGCAGCUCUUUAGGACCUGUAGUCGAUGUAGAAGGCAAGCAGAAAUCAGAGACUGAAGCUAGCUUGUCAAAUAUUCAGCAAAACCAACCUUCCAAGAUGGAAACAGUGGUCUUGACACUAUUAGAGAAGUUAUUCUCAUUUGUUUUGCAGUUGCCAGAUGUGAAUCAGAGAUUAACAAGGAUUGUGAAUGUGCUCAAGAAACACCAGCCUUGCCCUCAGCUUUACCUGUAUAGUACAGCUGACAAAGUAGUUCCAUUUGAAUCAGUAGAAGCGUUAAUUGAAGAGCAGAGAAAAAUGGCAAAGAGGGUUAGCUCCUUUAACUUUGGAUUAUCUCCCCACGUAGAUCAUUAUAGGACAUUUCCAGACCUGUACUUAUCACAGGUUACUGAAUUUUUGAAACAAUGUUUUACUACGACCACACACACAACUUAUAAGACUUAAGUUGCCAUUCAAAGUGUAAAUUUUUUGCGUAGCAUUAGUCCGUACUGGAAUUUGGUUCCUUUAGUUUUUUCAAACGGAAUGUUGCUCAUUACCA